UUGGACCACAUCACUUUAUCAUUUUUAAUUUGAAUUUAAAUAAUUCAACUGCAACAUUCUCAUUGGUACAUGUAGACAAAGGUACGGUACCUUAUGGGUACCGUAGAAUUUACCUUUAAAAAUAACUGGAUCCAAUAUUAGCUAUGUUGAUUACUUUUGUCAAAUUGAGAAUAGAGUACAAAUUAAUACUAGUACGUAGUAUUUAAUACAUAAUAAAGAAGGAAUAAAUCAUAAUUGCUGAAGCAAAAACCUAUGCAAAACACCACACCAAAAACAUUUUUUUCAUACUUUUCUAGGACCCAAAAUAAUACCAACAAUUUUCUAUAUGCAAAUGUAAGGCUUAGCAAUAUGAUGCAGAUGACAACUCUCCACAUCUUUAUAAUUGAAGAUAGUAGCAAUUAAUUAAUAAAUAAAUAAAAACACACUGACAUACACACAGCUGUCCCUCAAGAACUGAUCACAAAAUAACCCAAACACAUUCCCAAUAUUACCCUCAGGAUCCAACCGCCGACAAUUACAGAGCCCCCAUUCUUGUCACUGGCCGUAUCAUCCGCCGCGUCAUCGUCGUCCGAGCUCGGCCCCGGCGAGUCCGCCCCGUCCCCACCGGCGCCGGGUUUGCUUCCUCCGGCGCUCUUCUUCUUCUUCGUCGCCGCCUUGGGCGCCGAAGCUUCCUCAACCGCCUUGAAAAGCUUCCUCGGCUGCAGAACUUUGUCCAAUUUGAACACGGCCAACGGCUCCUCGUCGUACAUGGUCCCGGUGACCGUCGCAACCACCACAUCGGUGUUCAGCUUCACGGUGUCGCCGUCGUUCUUGACGGUGAAAUCGUACUUAUUGGACCCUUCAGUGGCCAGAGUGUUCAUGACCCCAUUGCUGGAUUUCAGCAUCUCCAGAGAGUGGUAGAUCGGGACGCCAUGGUAAUAGAGAAGCCAUUGCUUAUGCUCUUUCGUCAGAUUCCUGUAUUUGGGCAUGAAAGCUUGGACGGCUUUGUCCUCCGGGCAGAACACCGUUAACCCGGCCGGAGCACUUGAAGAGAAAGAUUCAUCUACUCCGGCGCUUUUCAACAGAUCCAGGAACGCCUUACACCCCUGUUUCCCCAGUAUGUUCGUUACAUUCACUUCGGAAGGUCCGACGGCGGGGGCCUCCGCCGCGUCGGAGAUAAUCGGGUUGGAGAUCUGGAGGACGGAGAUCUUGUACGGGUCAUCGGCGAUGGAUUUGACGUAGGUGGAGGUGAAAUGCCCGCCGUUGUCCUCCUGCGCGAAUCCCACCUUGCCGCCCUUCAGGGUGGUGAUGUUGACGAAUCCGGCGGUGCCGGGGGCGUCGCCGGUGGACUGGUAGAUGGUGGAGGUGAGAGUGGUCCCCUUGUUGAGCUGGUGGAGCUGCUUGGGGCCGAAGUAGUCGGCGAAGACGUGGAGGGAGAGGAUGUUCUUGAUGGUGGGGAGAGAGAAGUGCUUGUCGAGGAGAGAGCUCAUGCCGGCGUUGUCGACGGCGCAGACGGUGAUGGUCAUGCGGCGGUUGAUCUCGCCGGCGAGGUGGGUCACGGUGAGGUAGUGGUUGAAGGUGGAGAAAUCGGGGUGUUUGGCGAGGAUUUGAGUGAUGUUGAAGGCAUUGGCGGCGGAGGAGAGGAGGAAGACGGCGGUGAUGAAUAGUGAGAACGGUGCCGACAGAAGCCUCAUGUUUGGGUGGCAAUCUGAGAGAGUGAUGGG